AUGCGGGCGCCCGGACCAGGUGGCCGGAAUCUUCCGGCAGCGAGCCUCGGAAGGAGGGCGGGCGAUCAGUGGAGACCUGGACGCAAGCGCCCCUUCCCACCCCGGCGGCGGGAACCGGCUGACACCGCCGGGCCGCCUUGCUUACCGCCGAGUGAGCCUCCCAGGGCUGUGAUUCCUCGGGGGCGGAGGCCGCGGCUGUCUCGCCUCACGUCCCUGGGGUCCUCCGGCCCGCCGGACGCGCACAAUACCCGGGCCGCGGUGCGGGCACGGCGGUGUCCACCCACCCCCCAGGCAGCUUGUCUCUGCUGCUGGGACACCUACCCGGAGGGCGAGCAGCGGCGCCGCGGCUCCUGCGGCGGGCGGCGGGAGAUGGCGCGGGCCGGCUGCCGGGCACGCGGGCUGGCCGCCGAGCGGUGGCACGGGCUCCGCUGCUCCGAGCCGCGGUCUCCGGCACCCACAGCGGCGGCGGCUCUGCGCCUCCAGUGGUCCGCGCGCCGCAGCCCCUCCUCUCCCACGGGCGGGGCGCGCCGGCGGGGCGGUGCUCCGGGCUCCCCGCCCCCGGCUCCUGCUCGCCGGCCUGGCGGGAGGGAGCAGCGGGCGGGCUCCGGAGGAGGAGUCACCCCGUGUGACUCCGGCGGCGCUCGGGUCCGAGGGAAAGUGGAUUCUGAAGGCCUGCCCGGGGCGCUGGCGAGCCCUUGUCCCCGGGCGCCCUUCCGAGGCCUAUUUAUUGAGUCGGGGACCCGUGGCAGCACCUACAGCGCAAGUUCCAGCAGCCUGGACGCCCAGCACGUCUGCCCGGCCCUCUCCGGGAUGUCCAAGGCCAAGGAGGCCAAGAAGCUGGUGGGUUGCACUGCGGUGGAGAACCACGUCAGGAAUAACCAAGUGUUGGGAAUUGGAAGUAGCUCGACAGUUGUGCACGCUGAACAGCGAAUAGCUGAAAGAGUGAAACAGAAUCUGAGCCUUGUCUAUAUUCCCACUUCCUUCCAGGCCCAGCAGCUCAUCCUGCAUUAUGGCUUGACCCUCUGUGACCUGGAACGGCACCCAGAGAUUAACCUCGCCAUUGAUGGUGCAAUGAAGGAUGAAAUGGAUGCUGAUCUCAACCUCAUCAAGGCGGGGGCUAGGGGGUGGUGUGGAGGCUUCCUGACCCAGGAGAAGAUCGUGGCAGGCUAUGCCAGUCACUUCAUUGUGAUUGCUGAUUUCAGGAAAGAUUCAAAGAAUCAUGGGGAUCAGUGGCAAAAGGGAAUCCCCAUCAGAGUCCUCCCCAUGGCCUACGUCCCAGUGAGCCGAGCAGUGACCCAGAUUUUUGGGGGCGAGGUUCAACUUCAAAUGGCCGUCCACAAGGCAGGUCCUGUGGUGACAGAUAAUGGGAAUUUUAUCCUGGACUGGAAGUUUGACUGCAUCCAUAAAUGGAGUGAAGUGAACAAGGCUAUCAAAAUGAUCCCAGGCAUGGUGGACACGGGCCUGUUCAUCGACAUGGCCGAGCGAGUGUACUUCGGGAUGCAGGACGUCUCUGUGAAUGUGAGGGGGAAGCCUGCUGUUGAUGUGCACCUUGAUCUCCAGCCCACAGCCAGGGGGGACCAGGCUAUCUAG